GUGAUACAUACAUAGGUGUCACCUGCAGGCUGCAAAUUGCAGUUGUCAGUUGUCACUUUUAGCUAGCGUAGGUUGGAAUUGAAAUUUUUGAUGUGUACGAGCAUUUUAUAAUUUUAGCGGAUAAAGUUGUUGUAAAAAACUUUACAAUGGCUAAAAGAACACAACCACCUUGGUCUUUGCCUUCCGGUGAAGAAAAAAGACCAGUUUUAAAUCUUUAUAAUAGUCUGACCCGACAGAAAGAGGAAUUUGUUUGUGGUCAUGGCAAUCGAGUGAACUGGUAUAGCUGCGGACCAACUGUGUACGACGCCUCGCACAUGGGACACGCGAGGUCAUAUAUAUCAUUUGAUAUUCUGAGGCGAGUUUUGACCAAUUACUUUGGGUAUGAUGUGUUGUAUGCAAUGAAUAUAACCGACAUUGAUGAUAAGAUUAUAAAGAGAGCGAGACAGAACUACCUGUAUGAGAAUUAUGUGAAAGACACGAAAACAUUGGACCAGAUCGUGGACGAUGCAACCGCAGUAAUAGACUUCUAUGAAGGUAUCGUCAGAGACGCCAAUGAUCCCGAUAAGAAGAACACCUUGCAGAAGAUGCUGGACAGUGUUGCUUCAGCCGUAAAAACUUUAAAAUCAGCACUUCAAGAAAAUAAAUCUGAUAAAAUCGAAGAAGCAAAAAGUGAUCUCUUAAAAUCAGCUAAAGAUCCCAUAUCAGUCUGGUUGGAUGAAAAGUACGGUGUGACCGUCACGGAUAAUGGGAUAUUUCAAACACUGCCCCGAUAUUGGGAAAAUGAGUUCCACAAAGACAUGAAAGCUCUCAAUGUCCUGCCCCCCGAUGUGUUGACCAGAGUCAGUGAGUACAUUCCACAGAUAAUAACCUUCAUCCAAAGGAUCAUUGACAACGGCCUGGCUUACGAGUCCAACGGUUCUGUGUAUUUCAAUGUGAGCGAGUUUGAUGGCAAAGAUAAGCAUUACUACGCCAGACUGGUCCCCGAGGCCUACGGGGACAACAAAUCUUUGCAAGAAGGGGAAGGUGACCUAACCGAUAGCACAGCCGAGAAGCGCUCACUCAAUGAUUUCGCUCUCUGGAAGCAGAGCAAGACCGGCGAGCCGUCGUGGGAGUCCCCGUGGGGUCGCGGCCGACCCGGCUGGCACAUAGAGUGCUCCGCCAUGGCCUCGGACGUGUUCGGAGACAACCUCGACAUCCACACCGGCGGAGUGGACCUGAAGUUCCCCCAUCACGACAACGAGCUGGCUCAGAGCGAGGCUCACUUCGACAAGCCGGGCUGGGUGAACUACUUCCUCCACACGGGCCAUCUCACGAUAGCCGGCUGUAAGAUGUCCAAGUCCUUGAAGAACUUCAUCACCAUAAAGCAGGCCCUGGAGCAGCACUCGGCGCGGCAGCUGCGGCUGGCCUUCCUGAUGCACGGCUGGAGGGACACCCUGGACUACUCGCACAACACCAUGGACAUGGCGCUCCAGGCUGAGAAGCUGUUCAAUGAGUUCUUCCUGACGGUGAAGGAUGCCCUCCGCAGUCUCCCGGAGUGCGAGGGGCCGUGGAGCGAGCCCGAGCGGCGCCUGGCCGGGGCGCUCACCGCGGCCAGGGAGCACGUGCACCAGGCGCUAUGCGAUAAUGUGGACACUCGUUCAGCGCUGGACGCGCUCCGUGAGCUGGUGAGCGCUUGCCACGUGUACCUGGGCGGAGUUGCCGAGGUUCCCCGGAGCGCCCCGCUACUUCGAGCCUCCGCCCUCUACGUCACCGAUAUACUCCACGUGUUUGGAGUCAUCGAGGGCCCCCGAGGGCUCAUAGGGUUCCCGGCGGCCGGGGCCGGAGAAGUGGCUCUGGAGGAGGCCGUGCUGCCGUACCUGGAGGUGCUGGGUUCGUUCCGGGCGGACGUGCGGGGGGCGGCGCGGCGGGCGGGGGCGGGGGAGGUGCUGACUCUGUGUGACCGCCUGCGAGACGAGCUGCUGCCCGAGCUGGGCGUGCGGCUCGAGGACAAGCCCGAUAGGACGGUCGUGAAGCUGGUCAACAAGGACGAGCUGAUCCGGGAGAGAGAGGAGAAGAAGAGGCAGGAGGAAGAGAGGCAGAGGAAGAAGAGGGAGCUGGCGGACGCCCAGAGGGCCAGGGACGAGCAGAAGAAGAUACCGCCCGAGGAGAUGUUCCGCAGAGAAGCGGGGAAGUACUCGCAGUUUGACGAACAGGGCCUGCCCACGCACGACCACGAGGGCAAGGAGCUGAGCAAGGGUCUCAUCAAGAAGCUGCAGAAGUUGCAGCAGCUCCAGGAGAAGAAGUACAAGGAACACCUGGCGAGCCUCGGGAACUGAUCCGCGCGCAGGGAGCGGGAGAUGUACUUGUCAAUAUUGAAACUUGCUAACGAUGAGAAUGAUAGCGGAGACGACUCGCGGAGCGUCCACUAGUGUUAAACAUGUUAAGGAACGCGCUGGCCUGCUUAUUCAGCCGCUGUGUUGUAUAAAAAGACUCAUAUCUCUGUCCCUUCAUUUAAAAUCUCACAUCGCCAGCGGUAUAUUUUUGUAUCAAAUUUUAUUAAAUUGUAAAUAAAGUUUCUAACAUCA